AUGUACGCAGAAGAACAGUCUAGUAAAAUUGAUAAUAAUAUUUACGAACUGGAGUCUUUAAAUGGGUGGAAAGAAAGGAAAAAUAUAGAGAAUGAUGCUGUCUAUGUGGAAACAGACUCUCAUAUAUCAGAUGAAGUUGUAGAGACCAAACUGUCGUGGUUUAAUACUAUUUUCAUCAACUCUGGUGCUGAGACUAAAGGUAUUGAGCCAAUCACUGAAGAAGAGCAGACAGAUGAUUCUUUAUUAACUGCUGCUUUAAUGUGGUUUUCUGCGAAUAUGGUUUUACCUGCAUACGCAAUCGGUGGACUAGGUCCUUUAGUGUUUCAUCUGAAUUUUGGCACUUCUGUAUUAGUUAUCAUCUUCUUCAGUAUCUUAGGCCUUCUACCUGUUGCAUUUUUUUCUCUGUUUGGUGUCCAGUUAGGGUUGAGACAAAUGACUUUAUCAAGAUAUCUAAUAGGUAAUAUUACCGCAAGAAUAUUUGCUUUGAUUAAUACUAUAGCUUGUGUUGGGUGGGGGAUCGUUAAUACUGUAGCAUCUUCACAAUUACUAAAUAUGGUCAAUCAAAAUGGUAACAAUUUGCCUUUGUGGGCUGGUUGUUUAGUCAUUAUUGGUGCUACAUUAUUGGUAACUUUUUUUGGUAUUAAUGUUAUUCAUUCAUAUAAUAGAUAUUCGUGGAUUCCAAACUUUGUAGUUUUUUUGGUUGUAAUUGCUAGAUUGAAAAAAUCUGGUAAUUUUACAAACGGGGAUUGGGGAUCUGGUCCCACUACAGCAGGCAAUGUGUUAUCAUUUGGGUCCACAGUUUUUGGGUUUGCUGCAGGCUGGACUACAUAUGCAUCAGAUUAUACAGUCUAUAUGCCAAAAUCUACAAACAGAUUUAAAAUUUUCUUUUCCUUAAUAGGCGGCCUAUCUUUUCCAUUAUUCUUUUGUAUGAUUUUAGGUGCUGCAUCGGCUAUGGGUGCAGUGAAUGAUCCUGAGUGGGCUCAAUAUUACAAUUCUAAUGGCAUGGGUGGAUUAACAUAUGCAAUUUUAGUUCCAAAAUCAUUACAUGGGUUUGGUCAAUUUUGUUGUGUGAUUCUUGCCAUGUCUACUGUGUCAAACAAUGUUCCAAAUAUGUAUACUGUAGCCAUGUCUGCACAAUCCAUAUGGAGUCCAUUAGCCAAAAUUCCAAGAAUCAUAUGGACAAUUGCUGGUAAUGCAGCAGCAUUAGGAAUAUCCAUACCUGCAUGUUACUAUUUCGCUACAUUUAUGGAAUAUUUCAUGGACUCUAUAAGUUACUAUCUGUCUAUUUAUAUUUCAAUUGCGUUGACUGAACAUUUUGUCUUUAAAAAAAGUUUUAGCGCUUACGUUGUGGAAGAUUGGGAUAAUUGGGAUCGAUUACCAAUUGGUAUUGCGGGAACUAGUGCAUUAAUAGUUGGUGCAGUUGGUGUUGCUCUGGGUAUGGAUCAAACCUAUUGGGUUGGUGAAAUUGGUAGGUCGAUUGGGGAAUAUGGUGGUGAUAUUGGGUUCGAGUUGGGCGCUUCAUGGUCAUUCAUUGUAUAUAUAUUAUUAAGACCACUGGAAAUAAAGUAUUUUGGCCGUUAA